AUGUUCCUGUCUCAGCAGGAUGAGCUGGAUUUCAGCAUGGGACCAGAAAAUGAAACAGCAGUUACUGAGUUCAUCCUAGAGGGUUUCCCAGAGCUUGAUCCAAGACUGCAGGUAUUCUCCUCUCUGGUCCUCCUGCUCAUGUACCUGACAACAGUGAUGGGGAAUGCAACCAUCAUUUUCCUCGUGUGUGUGGAUCACCACCUGCAAACCCCCAUGUACUUUUUCAUCAGCAACCUGGCCUUCCUGGAAAUCUGGCUUACAUCCUCCACAAGCAUCAAAUUGUUUGUGAUGCUGAGUUCUGGCCAGAACGCUCUCUCACUAAGCAGCUGCUUUGCCCAAAACUAUUUCUAUUUUGCCCUGGGCUGCACAGAGUUCAUUCUGCUCGUUGUCAUGUCCUUUGACCACUAUGUUGCCAUCUGCCAACCUUUGCAAUACGCUGCCAUCAUGAAGCCUCAGCUCUGUGUCCACCUGGUUGUUGCUGCUUGGGUCCUCGGCUUUGGCCUGCAGAGCUACCGGCUGCUCUUCCUCUCUGAGCUGUCUUUCUGUGGCUCCAAGAUCCCCCAUUUCCUUUGUGACAACUCCCCCUUGUUCAAACUCUCCUGCUCUGACACCAGCCUGCUUUGGAAAAUAGACUCUGUCUUCUUAUCCUGUGUCGUGCUGGGUUCCUUAUGUUUGACUCUGGCAUUUUACAUCUGCAUCCUCCUCUGUGUUCUGCAUCUUCCAGCAGCCUCUGGGAGGAAGAAAGCUUUGACUACGUGUUCUUCCCAUCUCGUCACCUUAUCCAUUGCCUAUGGGAGCUGCAUUGCUCUCUACACGUGUCCUGCAGAAGCUGUUUCCUUGAGCACCAGCAGAAUUGUAGCUCUGCUGAACACAGUCCUGUACCCCCUCUUAAAUCCAUUCAUCUACAGCCUUCGGAACAAAUCUGUGAUCCUGGCCCUGAGCAAAUCCAUUGCCAGGGCAAGAACAAAGCUUUUCCCCUAACCAUGGUGCAUUUCUGGAAAGCCACCCCAAGAAUCUGGUGCCAUCUGUUACACAACACCAGUGCCUGUGAGUGCAGCCUCCAAACAGGGCAGCCUCAGGAGACCGGUGCUCCUGCGGGCUAAGAGAUAAGAGACUCAUCUGCACACCCAGACAGGGCACCAACAACGGCAGGAGGAGAAACUCAGUUCAUUCUCUGCCCUGGCUGCUGGCAGGGCCAUUACUGGAGAGCCACCAGCUCACUGAGAGCCCAUCUCCAAAAACAAAGAAGAGCUCAGAGGAACAGUGGCAAGUGACAAUCCAAAUUACAGCUCCGGGGCAAUGGACGCCUUGUCCAGCUCCUUCCCUGGGACAGCCAUCAGCCCCAGUGCCCAGGUCUGGAAUCCCAAAGCCACAGAGAGCAGGUGGGCGAUGUCAGACAUGGUGAGGCUGGGGGUGAGGAGCAGCUUGUCCAAACAGGCUCAGCCUGCAACGUGCUCAUUCUUCUCCCUGCCCAGACCUCCUAAGGAGACAUUCAGCAUCAAGAUCACUGGGGGAAUGCUUCUGUCAUCUCUUGUCUGAAAUGAAAAGUAAAAAAAUAUUUCCUUGACUAAAACCAAAAA